AUGACUUCGCUGCGCACCGCCGACCAUUCCAAGACCGACCAGGAGCUUGCCAUCAGCAUCAAAAAGGCCACAAACAGCGACGAGAUAUCCCCCAAGCGCAAGCAUGUGCGUGCCUGCAUCGUCUACACCUGGGACCACAGGUCUGCCCAGGCCUUCUGGUCCGGUAUCAAAGUCCAGCCCAUUCUUGCCGACGAGGUCCAGACGUUCAAGGCCCUCAUCACGAUCCACAAAGUCCUGCAGGAGGGCCACCCAUCGGCCCUCAAGGAUGCAAUGAUCAAUCGCAGCUGGAUCGAUGGCCUCAACCGAGCAAUGGCCGGAGAGGGCGUUCGCGGCUACGGCCCCCUGAUCCGAGAAUACGUCUACUACCUGCUUGCGAAGCUCUCCUUUCAUCAGCAACACCCAGAGUUCAACGGCACCUUCGAGUACGAGGAGUAUCUAAGCCUCAAGGCCAUCAACGACCCCAACGAAGGCUACGAAACCAUCACCGACCUCAUGGUCCUGCAGGACAAGAUCGAACAGUUUCAAAAAUUAAUCUUUUCGCACUUUCGGAACGUGGGCAACAACGAGUGCCGCAUCUCUGCUCUGGUGCCUCUGGUCCAGGAGAGCUAUGGUAUCUACAAAUUCAUCACGAGCAUGUUGAGAGCCAUGCAUUCAAUCACCGGCGAUGACGAAGUUCUGCAGCCCCUGCGCCAGAGGUACGACGCACAGCAUUAUCGCCUCGUCAAGUUCUACUACGAGUGCUCCAAUCUCCGAUACCUCACCAGUCUCAUCGCCAUUCCCAAGUUGCCGCAAGACCCCCCCAACCUCCUGACCGAGGACGACGAGGCCCCUUCGCUGCCCGCUCGACCGAAACAAGAGAUUGAACGUCGUCCGACGCCUCCGCCUGCACCCAAGUCGGAAGAGCCCGGUGAGAUCUCGGAAUUCUGGAAGAAUGAGCUGGACCGUCAGAACAGAGAAUACGAGGAGCAGCAGCGCGUCUUAGAAGAGAGGCAGCAGGCAGCGCUGCUGGCGCAACAGCAAGCGCAGAGACAGGCGCAGCUUGACUUUGAGGAGCAGCAGCGCCGACUCAUGGAGCAGCAGCAGCGAGAGCAGGAUGCGCUCUUGGCACAACAGGCGCAGUGGCAGACGCAGGGCCGGCUGGCCGAGCUGGAGCGAGAGAAUCUCAACGCGCGGGCUCAGUAUGAACGCGACCAGCUGAUGCUGCAGCAGUACGAUCAGCGUGUCAAGGCAUUGGAAGGAGAGCUGGCGCAUAUCCAAGGCAGCUUCGGACAGCAAAUCUCUAGCAAGGACGAUCAGAUCCAAGCGCUGCAAGAGCAGGUCAACACCUGGAGGACCAAGUAUGAAUCUCUGGCCAAGCUGUACUCGCAGUUGCGCCACGAGCACCUUGACCUCUUACAAAAGUUCAAGUCAGUGCAGCUCAAGGCGGCGAGCGCCCAGGAGGCCAUUGACAGGCGCGAGAAGCUUGAGCGCGAGAUCAAGACCAAGAACCUCGAGCUGGCAGACAUGAUCCGGGAGAGGGACCGCGCUCUCCACGACAAGGACCGACUCAACGGCAGCAACAAGGACGAGGUAGAGAGGCUCAAGCGCGAGCUCCGUAUGGCCCAGGACAGGGCCGACAACCUGGAGCGCAGCAAAGGCAACGAGCUGUCGACCAUGCUGGCCAAGUACAAUCGUGAGCUGAGCGACCUGGAAGAGGCCUUGCGCAACAAGUCCAAGGCCUUUGAGGACGCUCAGGCUAAGCUCCGAGACGGCAGCUCCGACUUGGAGCUGCUGCUCCGCGACAAGGAAGAGGAGCUCGAGGUGUACAAAGCAGGCAUGGAUCAGACCUUGAUCGAGCUGAACGAGCUCAAGCAGAACCAAGGCGUCACGGACAAUGCGCUAGACGGCCAGAUUGACGCGCUCAUCAUGUCGAGCCUGGACAAGAUCAACGACAUUAUCGACUCGGUGCUGCAGGCAGGGGUCGCGCGAGUCGACGACGCCAUCUAUGAACUCGACUCGUCGAUGCAGGCGGGCAACCAGAACGCAUCGCCGUCGUACGUGCUGUCACAGAUCGAAAAGGCGUCUGCGAGCGCAAUGGAGUUUGCCACGGCUUUCAACAACUUCAUCGCCGACGGGCCCAACAGCACCCAUGCAGACCUCAUCAAGGCCAUCAAUGUCUUCUCGGGCGCCAUUGCCGACAUCUGCAGCAAUACAAAGGGCCUCUCGCGGCUUGCAACCGACGACAAGAAGACGGACUCGCUCAUGGGCGGCGCGCGCCAGUCGGCGCUAUCGACGGUGCAGUUCUUCCGCGGCCUGCAGAGCUUCCGGCUGGAGGGCAUGGAUCCCCUGCAGAAGACGGACGUGGUGAUCAACAGCAACAACGACGUCCAGAUGAACCUGCAGAAGCUCAACAAACUGGUGGAAACCUUUGCUCCGGGGUUCGGCAAGCUGGCGAACAACAAGGGAGACUUGGGAGACCUUGUCGACUCGGAGCUGAGCAAGGCGGCCGACGCCAUCGCGGCAGCGGCCGAGCGCCUGGCCAAGCUCAGGAACAAGCCCAGAGACGGAUACUCGACUUACGAAGUCAAGGUGCACGAUUCGAUCCUGGACGCGGCAAUGGCCAUCACCAGCGCCAUCGCGGAGCUCAUCAAGGCUGCCACGAUGACGCAGCAGGAGAUUGUCCAGGCAGGCCGUGGCUCGUCGUCGCGGACCGCCUUCUACAAGAAGAACAACCGGUGGACGGAGGGCCUGAUCUCGGCGGCCAAGGCGGUCGCGUCGUCGACCAACACGCUCAUCGAGACGGCAGACGGAGUGCUGUCGAACCGCAACAGCCCGGAGCAGCUCAUCGUGGCAUCCAACGACGUGGCAGCGUCGACGGCCCAGCUCGUCGCCGCCAGCAGAGUCAAGGCGGGUUUCAUGUCCAAGAGCCAGGAGAGGCUGGAGCAGGCCAGCAAGGCGGUUGGUGCAGCUUGCAGGGCCCUGGUGCGGCAGGUCCAGACCAUGAUCAAGGAGCGCAGCCAGGACGAGGACCAGGUGGACUACGCCCAACUUGGCGCCCACGAGUUCAAGGUGCGCGAGAUGGAGCAACAGGUCGAGAUCCUGCAACUGGAGAACUCGCUGGCGGCGGCGCGGCACCGAUUGGGCGAGAUGCGAAAGAUCUCGUACCAGGAGGACUAG